CCCCAUCCCACCCCAACCCCGAGGAGCGGCGGCGGCGGAUUCGGCCAUGGUGCGGUGCACCAACGGCCUCCUGGGUCUCCUCAACGCGGGCGUGCUGGUCCUCGCCGUCGUCGGGCUGGGCGGCGGCGCGUGGCUCAGCCACCGCGUCUCCACCGACUGCGAGCUGUUCCUCGAGCGGCCCGUCGUCGCGCUGGGCGUGCUCCUCCUCGCGCUCUCCCUCGCGGGCCUCGCCGGGGCGCUCUGCCGCGCAUCCUGCCUCCUUUGGCUCUACCUCCUCGCGCUCUUCCUCCUCAUCGUGCUCCUCUUCGCAUUCACCAUCUUCGCCUUCGUCGUCACCAACCGCGGCGUCGGGUGGGUCGUCUUCGGCAGAGGGUCGAGAACGCGGGGAAUUGGGCCAAGAUCCGGAGCUGCCAUCCAUAACAUUUGUACUUCUGCUAUUCUUUGGAGCUUGUGGAAUAUAAGAAAUGCUAUGUGUUUUCAGGGUUUGGUGUGGUCGGACGUGAAUAUGGUGCUGUUCAAGGCGACGAGGAUGAUGCGGAGAUGGGCGGUUCUGUGCAAGGACCCAAACGUGCUGGAGGACCUGGUGACGAGGCUGGAAGCGCGAGCAAGACAACCGCCGAGACUUGCCUGGGUCGAGUCUCCUUCGCUGGCUGCGCCGACGACACAAAACUGGGGGGCGCUGGGAGUGGUCGUUUCAUCAGCUUCUGGCGUGGAAGAGGGGUCUGAGCUGUUGGAAUAUUUGGGCCUAGCCCAUGUAAAUCCAAAUAAUUCCUGUAAAAUUUUAAAGACCCAUUAGUGCAUAGGUGCAUGGCAACAAGUUAGUCCCACCUUGCUAGUGAAGGUGGAGGGAACCUAACUUAAAUAGUUGG